UUAAAUUCUCCUUUUGAGGUGUCUGAUGACUUCUAAUAUUUAAAGAAGCUUUUGGCCUGUCCUUAAGAAAAAGGUGGAAUGGGAGCGAUACAGAGCAACAGCAUACACGUGUGAAGGAUAACACAAGCAGAAUGGACCGAUGAGGACAUCAUCGCAGGAGCGCUCGGAUCUUGUGCACGGAGCAUGCUCAGAGGGAGCUUCUGUGGAGUGGAUGAAUGGAAGAAGCGCUUAGAGGGGUGAGCUCCAGGAUAUACAAACUGAGAGACAGAGGGAGAGAUGCACAAAGCUAGAUCUCCUGCUGUCUUAGCAGUUGCUCAGCCAGCCCUCAGAAACAGAAAUUCACGCACGCACACGCAUAUAUGCACCAUACCAGCGAUAGGCACGCACUCAGUCAAGAUCGCCUUAUAGAUCGCACAGCACUGCUGUUUUGAGUUUAUACCUUUACCUUGUCAUUAUGAGAGAGCUCCGGGGCAGAUCUGCAACGAGACACUAGCUCCUGUGCUUGGCCUCGGAGGACAAAAAGAAACGGUGUUUCAAGUCGCUCGGGGGUUAGCGAAGGAGUUGCCUCUGUAAGGAGCCCCUGGGGGGGAUACGUGGAUGAGCAGGAAGUUGGAAGCACGGACCCGAACAGCACCGCACUGAACGCAUAAGGUGCACCCUGAGGACAUUUUCACCUGAAUAUCUGCACUACUUCAAAGGUUUCUUCCAGGAGGUUUUCUUCAAAUUGGAGGACAGCACUCAUUUCGCAGCAAUGGAAGCACUGUGAUCCCGUAAACAGGGAAAGAAAAGAACACGUGGACCUCCUUGUGCAACUGCAUCGUUGUGCUCUACUCGACAGUCCCUGGUGUGGCACUGUCCCCAGGAGGAGGCUGGAAGCAUGGAUGACUCCAGCAUCUUGAGACGCAGAGGACUGCAGAAGGAGCUGAGCCUUCCCAGAAGGGGCAGUUUCUGUCGAACCAGCAACCGCAAGAGCCUCAUUGUGACAUCCAGCACCUCACCAACCCUGCCCAGGCCUCACUCUCCUCUUCACGGACCCCCAGGGAGCAGCCCCUUGGACAGUCCCCGGAACUUCUCCCCAAGCACGGCUGCUCACUUCUCAUUCGUCCAGGCACGCAGUCACGGGCACAGAGCUGACAGUAGAACUGAUGGCCGGCGCUGGUCCCUGGCCUCCCUGCCUUCCUCGGGCUACGGCACCAACACACCCAGUUCCACAGUGUCGUCGUCAUGUUCAUCCCAAGAGAAGCUGCACCAGCUCCCCUUCCAGCCCACGGCUGACGAGCUGCACUUCCUUACCAAGCACUUCAGCUCGGAGAGCGUGACUGACGAGGAGUGCCGCCAUUCGCCUGCCAUGCGCCCCCGCUCACGCAGCUUAAGCCCUGGCCGAUCACCAGUCUCAUUCGACCAUGAGAUCGUCAUGAUGAAUCAUGUAUACAAGGAGCGGUUCCCAAAGGCAACAGCCCAAAUGGAGGAACGCCUUGCAGACUUCCUGGCUUCCUUUGCACCAGACAAGGUGAUGCCUCUGGCUGAUGGGGUCCUCAGCUUUGUGCAUCACCAGUUGAUUGAGCUGUCCCGUGAUUGCUUGGACAAGUCCCGCGAAGGCCUCAUCACCUCCCGCUACUUCUACGAGCUGCAGGAGAACCUAGAGAAGCUGCUGCAAGAUGCACAUGAGCGGUCAGAGAGCGCAGAGGUGACCUUCGUCACACAGUUGGUGAGGAAGCUGAUGAUUGUCAUUGCCCGGCCUGCGCGCCUGCUGGAGUGCUUGGAGUUUGACCCUGAGGAGUUCUACCACCUGCUUGAAGCAGCUGAAGGCCAUGCCAAAGCAGGCCAGGGCAUCAAGUCGGACAUCCCUCGCUACAUCAUCAGCCAGCUGGGUCUCACCAGGGAUCCCCUGGAGGAAAUGGCCCAACUGAGCAGCUACGACAGUGGCCAUCCUGACACCCCUGAGACGGAUGACUCAGCGGAGAGUCGUGGUGCCUCUGUGCAACAAACAAAGUCCAAGACUCCACGGGAAGAAGAUUUUGAGAACAUAAAACUCAUCAGCAAUGGGGCCUAUGGGGCAGUGUACCUGGUACGCCACAAGGAAACACGGCAGCGCUUUGCAAUGAAAAAGAUCAACAAGCAAAACCUGAUCCUCAGGAACCAGAUCCAGCAGGCCUUUGUAGAACGUGACAUCCUCACAUUUGCUGAGAACCCUUUCGUGGUCAGCAUGUUCUGCUCCUUCGAGACACGCCGGCAUCUCUGCAUGGUCAUGGAAUAUGUGGAAGGUGGUGACUGUGCCACUCUGUUGAAAAAUAUUGGGGCACUGCCCGUGGACAUGGCCAGGAUGUAUUUUGCUGAGACAGUCCUGGCUCUAGAAUAUCUCCACAACUAUGGCAUUGUCCACAGGGACCUUAAGCCUGACAACUUACUCAUCACAUCCAUGGGACACAUCAAACUUACUGAUUUUGGUCUGUCUAAGAUUGGCCUGAUGAGUCUGACCACCAAUCUCUAUGAAGGUCACAUUGAGAAGGACACACGCGAGUUCCUGGACAAACAGGUGUGUGGCACUCCAGAAUACAUUGCCCCAGAAGUGAUUCUGCGGCAGGGGUAUGGCAAGCCAGUGGACUGGUGGGCCAUGGGGGUCAUUCUGUAUGAGUUCCUGGUGGGUUGUGCCCCAUUUUUUGGAGACACACCAGAGGAACUCUUUGGGCAAGUUAUUAGUGAUAAGAUCACCUGGCCAGAGGAAGAAGAGGCCUUGCCCACUGAUGCCCAAGACCUCAUCUCUAAGCUGCUUCGCCAGAAUCCCUUGGAACGGCUUGGAACAGGCAGUGCCUUAGAGGUGAAGCAACACCGCUUCUUCACAGAGCUGGACUGGAAUGGCCUUCUGAGGCAGAAAGCAGAGUUCAUCCCUCAGCUAGAAUCAGAAGAUGACACCAGCUACUUUGACACUCGUUCCGAUAGGUACCAGCAUGUGGACUCGGAGGAAGACACCAAUGAUGACGAGCACGUGGAGAUGCGGCAGUUCUCUUCCUGCUCCCCACGAUUUAGCAAGGUGUAUAGCAGCAUGGAGCGCCUGUCCCUUCAUGAGGAGAAACGAGCCACCCCCUCUACCAAGCGCAGCCUGAGUGAGGAGGGGGGUGACCGUGUCAAUAGCCUAGGCAGCCUCAAGUCACGUGACCGCAGCUGGAUGGUGGGCUCCCCAGAGAUCCUUCGGAAGCGCCUCUCUGUCUCAGAGUCCUCCCACACAGAGAGCGACUCUAGCCCCCCGCUAACAGUACGUCGUCGCUGCUGCUCGGCCAUCAUCGAGAUGCCCCGUUUUGCCAUCUCUGGGGAGAGUGAAGGGAGCAGCAGCCAGGGCAGCCCCAUUCUCCAGUUCCAAAACCAGGCCAAGAUUGCACAGGGAGAUGACAUGUCAUCACUUGUUCCAGAGCAACAUGUAGAGAGGCAGCUGAAGCCUGAUGAGUUCCCCAUGACCCUAAGCUCCACCAGCAACCAGCUGAGCAGAUCCACGCUCACUCCAGGCAGCGUGGGUGAUGUGUCAGAGCGCUCUGCCCCCAAGGCCAUCAGCGACCUGGCUGCCCGCCGCGCACGCCACAGGCUGCUCUCUGGGGAGACGCUGGAGAAGCCCCCCUCCCGGCCUCUGAGCAAAGUCAUCAAAUCCGCAUCGGCCACCACUCUCUCACUCCUCAUUCCUGCAGACCACCAUGGCACUUCCCCCUUGGCAAGUCCCAUGUCCCCCCGCUCACUUUCCUCCAACCCAUCAUCACGGGACUCCUCGCCCAGUCGGGACUUCUCACCAGCCGUCAGCAGCGCCAGACCUGCCAUCAUCAUCCACCGUUCUGGCAUGAAGUAUGGCUUCACGCUGCGGGCCAUCCGCGUCUACAUGGGCCACACAGAUGUGUAUACUGUGCACCACAUGGUCUGGCAUGUGGACGACAGUGGCCCCGCCCACGAGGCAGGACUGCGAGAAGGAGACCUCAUCACCCAUGUCAACGGGGAGCCCGUGCAUGGCCUGGUUCAUACGGAGGUGGUCGAGCUCAUCCUCAAGAGUGGCAGUAAGGUCUCCAUCUCCGCCACUCCCUUCGAGAAUACCUCCAUCAAAGUGGGCCCAGCUCGCAAGGCUGGUUCCAAGUCCAAAAUGGCUCGUCGCAACAAGAAGACCAAAAACAAAGAGGGCCAGGACAAUAAAAAGAGGACCUCCCUGUUCCACAAAAUCACCAAGCAGUCAUCCUUCUUGCACACCAGCCGCAGUCUCUCCUCCCUGAAUCGAUCUUUGUCCUCCAGCGAGAGCGUUCCCGGAUCCCCAACUCUCGCACUGUCCCCACGCUCCCCAACCCAGGGCUACCGCUCCACCCCAGACUCUACCCUUUCAGUUGGUGGCAACUCAUCCCAGAGCAGCUCCCCCAGCUCCAGUGUGCCCAACUCCCCCGCAAGUUCUGGCCACAUCCGGCCCAGUUCACUUCAUGGCCUCGCCCCCAAGCUACAGCGCCAGUACCGCUCACCUCGUCGCAAGUCAGCAGGCAACAUCCCACUAUCCCCACUGGCUCGCACCCCAUCACCCACACCCCAGGGCCACUCGCCGCAGCGCUCACCCUCUCCCCUGCCUAGCCACGCUCUGGGGACUGCAGUCACAGGGCAGCCCUUUCCUCCCAAGCUGCAUUCAUCUUCCCCGCCGCUGGUGCGCCACAUCUCUCGGCCCAAGAGCACGGAACCACCCCGCUCUCCACUGCUGAAGCGCGUGCAGUCUGCUGAAAAGCUGGCUGCAUCUCUGUCUUCUGCUGCUGGCCCUUCCUCCUUGCCAUCCUCUGCUUCUGCUCCCAGCACUGCCCGCAAGCACAUCCUGGAUGUCCCACACGCUGAUUUUAAGAAGGAGAUUCUGCAGAGGGACUCCAGCCUCCAGAGCCUCCAAGGGCUUGCUGGCGAGGCUCUGCUUGGUUCCAGGCUGACACCGGUUGAGAAGGGCAGUCUGCAGAAGCUUCCAGUACGCAAGAUUGGUUCUGUGGAGGGCCCAGAGGCUGCGCCAGGAACCCUUAGGCUUGGCAAGAGCAAGCUGAAAGACAAGCUGUCAGCUAUUCGACAGGACCGCGCCGAGAGGCGGGAGUCGCUCCAAAAGCAAGAUGCUAUCCAUGAAGUGGACUCUUCCGAGGAUGAGUCUAAUGACGGGACCGAGGAGGGCCGAGAGGGCAGAAAGUCAAGCUGCUGGGUGGAUGAUAGACCUGCGUGCUCCAGCAAGCAGGACUCCAUUUCACCACCCCAAGCCACGGCACGAAGAUCCAUGCCCCCACCGCUAAAAAACAGCCCUGUUUCCUAUUCCGCUGGGUUCCUGUUACCCCCCACACAAACCGUACCACCACACUCGCUCACCAUUUCCUCACACCCCAUCCAACAGGAGCAAGUACAGGCUCAAGAAGCCGCUGCAGAACAGAAACCGGAAGAGAUUAAAGCGUUGCACUUUGUGAGAGUAAGAGGUCCAGGUGAGAUAAAGGAGUCUGAGAAGGUUAGCGAGAAGGCCUCAGUGUGCCCUGUGAAAUCCACCCUGGUCCAACAACUGCCCCACAGCAAAGAAGCUCCUCUGAGGGCAGCUGAAGUUUCAGCUCCAACCACAUCUCUCCCGCAAGACCGGAGGAACGUCAACACCCUGGGAUCCAGAGAGAAGAACGCUGCACCAAACACAAUGGAGGAGAAGACUGUGAAGACGAACCGUGAGACCCAGUCCAGAAUGAGUACCCCACCAGCAGAACGAAGGAAUAUGGCCACCCCCUCUGUAGGGACCAGUAAGGAAAAGAAGGAGGCAGACAACAGAAGGCAGGCUAUGACUGUUGCAACAGUGGGGCCAGCAUCCGAGUGCGGGAUGGACAGGGUGGUAUCCCAUCUCGCAACGGUGGCUAAGAGUGUGCUUGGGCCAGUCAAACUGAGCAUUCCCAGUUCCAGAGAAGCCCUUGAUAAAGGAAAGGACCUGAAGCCAGAGGAGACUGCCCAUCCAAGGAGUAAGGAACUGAAGCAGGAGCAGGAUAUACCAAAAACCUCCACUGCUCUGGGUGCAUCUGCGUGCCCUCCCUCCAGACCUUCUCGGCAGCACCCUGCUCCUAGACCACACCCCAUUACGAUGGACUCACCUUCUCGUAUCCCAAGAGUCACUGCAACCGAGGGGGCGGAGUCAUCACAUAAGGACAUCCCCUCACAGACAGAGGUUCUGCCCACAGAACCAGACCAGAGGAGGAGACAGGACAUACGUGCUGCACAAAGGCUGGCUGCCUUACCACAGGACAAGACAUGCAAGAAAACAUAACAGCAUCGUUUGGAGUAAAGACCGACUGUUACUUGAAUAUAUUAAUUAAAAAAUGCAUGGUAAAGUUAAAAAAAGGACUAACAGCACUGAAGUGAGAGAAGUUUAACCAAGAUUGUUUGUGUUCUGUGUUUUCAAAGCAAAAUGCCAUCUGGACUGAUACUUUAUUUUUCAUUUUUCAGUCAGUGAAAGUCCUUGUACCGUCUUUUAGUCAGCAUUUCUUUCUAUAAGGGCAGAGCUAGAGACACAGAUGUUGAGCUUUAUUGAUCCCCUCAGAGUGAGGUUAAACAUACUCAUACACACACACACACACACACACAUAUUUGCUUAGUUUAUUUUCCCAUUCCUCUUCACUUUUCACUUCGCUGUUAGAGCCUUCAUCUCUUAAUAGAUAAUGGAACAGGUUGUGCCUUAAAGAAUAUGAUAUUUCACACUCAUCUGCAUGCUAUUUCUUAAGGCACUUCUGGAAGAAUUGGAUGUAUCACAGCAAUAAAGGAAGCGUAUACUUAGCAAUUUGUAUAAAUACUUAAAGUAAAUGGAUAACCUGUAUCAUCAAUGUUCAGUCUGCAUCAGCUACUUUAUUGACUUCUCCUAUUUCUGUGUUUUGUUAUGGUUUUAUAUUGUGAUAACUGAAUGACCAAAUGAACUGGAAUUAUUCUGUUUACAGAAGACAUAUGAUAUGAUACUUUUAACUUAGUUGGAUGCGGUGUACUGUGCUGUGAUGAUAGCUCUUUGUCCGAGAUGGAAAUACAACUACUUCGUUAGCGUUUAUAUCGCAGGCAGUGUGUGUUCAUCUGGUUCUCUACUGUCAUGCAAUUAUUUAUUAUUCACAUCUUGUACUUGGACACAUCAUCAGUAAUGUAACCUACGGUCAUUGGGGAUUUCAGGUCUUUCAACAUUGUCACCUGGAAGACCUGUCCAGACUUGAUCAGACCCCGGCCUGCAUCCAAGUAGCGUUACCUUGAACCCACGGCUCACCUCUCCUGAUCCACAGCCAUCUAGAUACCCACCCUCUCCACAGCCUCGAUAACUGCAAUAGCCUUCCCUGGUCUGAGUACCUGUGAUACCCAACUUAUCACAGAGUCUUUACAAAGACAUCCCUGCAAAGCCCCUGCAGCCCACCUUGAUGGAAACACACCUUGGUCCUGCUCUGCUAGUCCCACAUACUACAUCCUCUUCCUCUCACUGGCAUCCUCUAUCUGUUCUUCCCCGGGACUGUAAGCUCCAACAAGAUUACUUCUGCACCUCGAGACAGUAGUUUGAUUUCUGACAUCAGAGAUGUCUCUCUGAUGGUGGCUGGAAAUCCAAAGCUGCCUUUAUAAUUUAACCAUUAACUGCAACGCUUGUGCCAUCACUAGGUUUCCUGAAGUGACAAUGGAUACCAAUUCUACUCUUUCACCUUCUUUGACAAACAUUAUGGUCUGCUUUGUAGGCUGGCUGCUCUUAGUGUGUGCUAUCCCCACACUGAUAGACUCAGCCAUGGCCUUCAGCACCUGGUAAUGGUGCCAACAAUAGCAGCCUCACCCAGUAUUGAUAGUACAGAUACUGAGGGUGUGCCCUGUUGUCCCUCUCUUUUGGCAUGAUGAGCAUGAUGGAAAAUCAGCUGUUCCCCAGCUGAACAGGCUAGAUAGACUCUGCAGCACAUCAUAUUCUGCCCACGUCGAAAAAUUGAUGAGGUGUUGUCUUUGGUGUGCUCUGCCCAAGAGACCUUACACUCCAGCACCUGUUCCCACCUAGUCCAUGCUAAAUAUGGCCAUUGUUGGCUUUGACUAGUCUCAUAGCUUGCCUUCAAAGUGGUCUAUUUCACUGUCAUUUCCAUCCAAAAGUACUUUUUGUACACAAGUACAAUAUGUACACUUUUAAAUGUUUGACUGUGUAAAUAGCUACUUUCACUUGAUACAGCUCUUUAUUUUUUGAUUGUUGUAUUUCAGUUUGGAUGCUGGAAGGACAUGCGUAAAUUGUUGUUGGUGUGUAAACUCUUUUCGUCUUUGACUCUGACAGUUGGAUCUGUCAUGUGGAGUGUCUCUUACUCAGGGACAGUGAAGCUGGAUGUUGCUAGAAGUGUGUUGUGGUUCUGUAUGUGAGAAUUUGUGUUUCUGUUUGUUUUAGGAGACCACAUAAGGCUCCAUACUGCUAAUGAUGUUAGGAGACCCCACUGGUCACAAUACAUCUUUCCUGCACCAUGAUCUCUGUGCAAGCAGAGAGAAACCAGGCUCAUGUGAAAUGCUUCCUUAGGCAAGUGAAAGCCCGAGCAGCUCAGCAGUCAUUCUGUUGCUGGAUUUGUCACUUUAAGAACCCACGACUUUGUCAAUAACCGAAUGCAUUCAGUACUUGAAUAGGCUCUGAAUGACCAUUUAAUAUUUUACAGUCCCUGGUAACUACUUUCCAGUUGUCCCUUCUUUUAUUUUACUUUUUUUUUUAUACUUGGACCAAUUUGCUGUGUUCGCUUAAGUUUGGUACUUUUUUGUACCGUAAAAGUAGUCUUCACUUUUGCACAUUUUUGUGUCAGGGUUGAUCACAUUGCAGUGUUAAGAGUGUAUAGAUCAUUUAGGGU